AGCAUUGCAGCCACAUACUACCUCGCAUUAUAAGAAAACGGCAAACAGUUGCGGUGCUAAUUUCUUAAGAGUAAUUCAGUACGUGUUCGGCAGCCGGCCACAACAGUCCAAGCAAAGUCCUUGCUUUUGAUAAAAUGAAGGCGUUUAUGGGAGCAUAUAUCCUUUUGGUGUCAUCCGUGUUACGAUCAAGCGACGCAGCGGAAUCCGAAAAAGUAUGCGGUGGCAUGAAAACUAAAUGUGACGAUCUGGAAAAGACUUUAAAUCUCACCCACCAGUGGCCCUACACAGCCAGCUCGCUAGAUGAAAAACGGGAUAAUGACGUGUUGUGCAGCCAUUAUAGCACAACCUUCAACUGCAUACGCCAACUGCGCUCCCAGUGUCCAGUGUACGUUAAUAAGCACUUGGCUGUGGACCCUGUAUACUAUAACGAGGCCGCCAAAAUGUCUUUGAUCAAGCUGUGCACUGUCACAAGUGCCGUACGGAUAUGGAAUGCCAAAACGUACUGUAAUAAACAAAUGGAGAGCAGCGAAUUUAUAACGCAACAAGUAUUGGGACCGUUGGCCUUCGACAUCAUCGCCCGCGCUGCCACAACGGAACCGAAGGCCGUUGCCGCUGUUUGCCAAUUUAACCGCGACUAUCUGAAGAAAGUGAACACCGACACUGCUGUGGCUGCGGACCUGAAGUCGCACUGUGGACAGGACGCAGUGGACGUGAUCAAUGCCGGUGCACAGAAGGAAUGGCAGGGCAUGCGGUGCCGCUGAUCCUCGAGCUGAAGAUCAAAGCCAUCUUGGGAAAGAUGUUUCUAGUUUCUGCAGCGCCGCUGAUCGGUAUUAGGCAUUUCUAGAGCGGCUGUGUUUUAGUGUUUGAUACCGUAACAGUGGUAACAAUCCUGUAUUCAACUGACUGAACCGAUUUCGUUAAAACAAUAGGGUUUGUGGGUUCAUUACUUAAUCGUACGGUAGGGAAAUUUUUCUGUUGAUCAGUUGUGGUAUUCUAUAUA